AUUCCCCAAUUCUCUGGUCGACAAAGGAAACAUGAUGGACGGCCUGAAGCUGUUCCUCGAGCAAAACAAGGAAGGCGUGUGGCCUGCGGCCGGCGCGGCCGCGGGUCUCUUCGGUGUGGCCCUCGUCCUGCACUCGAAGGCGGCGCUCAACAUGUUUAUUCCGGGGAGCUCGCUCCCUAUCGGCCAAGUGUUCAACUGGGCAGUUGCCACCGUGUUUGUGCUGACAUCGAUCCGCAUGGCCACGGUGCACCAAAAAACUUCGGCUCCCCAUGACUUGACGAUCGUCUUGUCGUUUUUCUCGUCCCUGUCCUUCCUCUUGGUCGCAUUCUCAGUGUCUGCGAUCCGCGCCGAAUCCAAGGCUGUUUUUUACUCGGUCGCGGCGUCCGCGAUCGCGUUGUUUGCGUCGUCGUUGUUUGUGCUGCAAAUCGAAACCUCUACCACCACAAAGGGCGCGGUUGCCGCCUCCCUCGUUGUGUUUGCGUCCGCUUUGUUCCAAACCGCCAAAUCCGUUGCCAACACCGAAACCAAGCGGGACGGGUCGGACUUUGCCACGACCCUCCUCGGAUCCACCCGCCUUUUGUCCAACCCGGACUCUGUGUUGGGCCGUGAUGCCGUGAACUCGCGCUUUGAGCAAUACGACAAGCUGUUCACGGGCGCCCGUAAGGAAGCUGGUGCGAUCUCUACCGACGAAAGUAUCAAGCUGCGCCAGAGCGAGUACCAAUUGAUGGUCGAUAGCUUCUAUGACUUGGUCACUGACUUCUACGAGUACGGAUGGGGUCAAUCGUUCCACUUUGCCAACCGCUUCAAGGGAGAGACGUUCUCCGAGUCGAUCAAGCGAGUAGAAUACUUCUUGGCCGCCAAGUUGGGACUGAGCAAGGACAGCUACUGCUUGGAUAUGGGGUGUGGCAUCGGUGGCCCCAUGCGCAACAUCGCUCGCUUCUCUGGCGCCAAGAUCAAGGGCCUCACCAUCAACGAGUACCAAGUGCGAGUCGCGAACCGCAACAACAAGCAAUGCGGACUGGACUCGCGAUGCCAUGUCCAGCAAGGCAACUUUAUGGACAUGCCGUUUGAAGCGAACACAUUUGACGCAAUCUACGCAAUUGAGUCCGUGUGCCACGCCCCGGACAAGAAGGCGUGCUUUUCGGAGGCGGCGCGCGUCCUCAAACCCGGUGGCACGUUUGUCGGCCUCGAUUGGGCUGUGCUCAACGAUUACGACCCCAAGAACAUGCAUCACAUCGCGUUGAAGGAAGGCAUCGAAGUGGGCAACGGACUCCCGACGUUGGAAACCCCCCAGCAGAUUGCCAAGGCCCUCACCGACGCCGGUCUCGAAGUUGUCACACACUACAGCCUCCAAGACAACUACCGCGACCCGCACGAGAUCCCGUGGUACGAGACGCUCGAAGGCAAGUGGACCCUCCAGGGCUUCCGUAUGACGUGGUUUGGUCGCCAGUGCACGCACAUCCUCGUCACGAUCUUGGAGACGCUCAAGAUUGCCCCAAAGGGCACGGUCAAGGUCAGUUUGAUGUUGAACAAGACGGCCGACGACAUCGUCGAAGCUGGCCGCGCCAACAUCUUUACGCCGUCGUACUUCUUCAUGGCUCGCAAGCCUCUCAAGUAAGACGAAGGCAUUUUCGUGCGUGUAGAUUUUAUUUCAAGAGACCAUUUCCCAUACGACGCGCCAUCUCCUUGACAGCCAACGACACAUUGAGCUGCAGGACUAUUGGUCGCUCACGUGUUUGAGCGCAUGCGAGUCAUUAAAUUCGAGUGCGAGG